CCAGAUUCCACUCAGGACAGAUCUUUUCAGAGGCUGGAUUCUGUCCAAACAGAUGAACAUCCCUCCCCAGAUGCAGACCUCCUAUCAUGGAUCUCAUUGUUACAGAUGCCUUUGAUAGAUCUAUCAAAGAUCUAGUGGCUGUUCGAUUCUCGGAGUAAUUUCUUUUCGGAAUCUGAUUUUUUUUAAUUAUUAUUAUUCAUUAUUUAGGGACACUUUGUUGGAUGGAUGGACAUCAAAAGUACAAAUACGACUUUAUGGAAGCUUAUGGAUUUAUUCACUUCAUCCUUUUGGCAUCUAGGCCUAAGGAAUCUCUAGAUUGAUUGGAGGAAAAAUUAAACAAGAAUGUAUGGAAUGAACCAACGUUGUUUUUACAUAUCUUUUAAUAUUUUUGUUCUUUGGUGCCACGCUCAGGGGGAGAAUCACUCGUCUCCUAAUUUUAACCAGUAUGUGAGGACGCAGGGCGCAUUGACGGACCAACUCAGCCGCAGGCAGGUCCGGGUUUACCAGCUCUACAGCCGCACCAGCGGGAAACACGUCCAGAUCCAAGGGAAGAGAGUCAGCGCGACGGCAGAGGAUGGAAACCUGUACGCUCGCCUGUUUGUUGAGACUGACACAUUUGGCAGUCGUGUGAGGAUACGAGGUGCAGAAAGUGGGCUUUAUCUCUGCAUGAACCGGAAGGGCAAACUUGUUGGAAAGCCCAACGGCCGCAGCAGGGACUGCAUCUUCACUGAAAUAGUUCUGGAGAACAAUUACACAGCAUUGCAGAAUGCAAAGUAUGAAGGCUGGUACAUGGCUUUCACCAGGAAAGGGAGGCCCAUCAAAGCCUACAAGACAAGGGAGAACCAAAGGGAGGUCCAUUUCAUCAAAAGGCUCCACACCGGCCCACCACACUUCCCCAACACAGACCAAAGCAAGUUUGAAUUUAUCCGAUUUCCAGCUAUGGGUCGAGCAAAGCGAAAUUGGAAAUCACGUGGCUCUGUCUAACAACAAACCAAAACCUUGGAUGGGUAAAAGUUGUGGAAAAUGAAAAAAAAAAAAUAAUAAUUAUGACAAAAUAAAAGCAAAAAACAAAAAACAGAUGCAAUUAUUUUUGUAUAAUUUUGGAA